AGCGUCCCCGGUGGAAGGGCAGUGCCCGCAGGUACCCACAUCAUCAGCAACGUCUACAACGCAAACAGCUGCGGACAGACUCAGCACUGUGUCCAGAGGUUAAGGAGACUCCCAGGAGCUAAUCAUCGGCUUUCUGGUUCACUGUUGACGGAGCAGGAAGGGACGAGGAAGCAUCCGGGUGGUUUUGAAACAUCGAAAAAGGGAAGUUGGAUUGUAGUGUUUCAGAGAGCAGCGGCAAGCAUGUUCAGCUGGGUCAAACAGGAGCAAGGUGGCCGCAACAAGGAAGGAGAGAUGUACCAAACGGUUACGGAGGGACUCCAAAUUCUCUACACCAAGAAGCUGCUGCCGCUGGAGGAGACCUACCUCUUCCAUGACUUCCACUCUCCGGCCCUGGAGGGGGCAGAUUUCCAGAGUAAGCCCAUGGUGCUGCUGGUGGGACAGUACUCUACAGGAAAGACCACCUUCAUCAGGUAUCUGUUGGAGCAGGAUUUUCCUGGGAUGCGUAUUGGUCCGGAGCCAACCACUGAUGGCUUCAUUGCAGUGAUGUAUGGGGAAACCGAAGGAGUUGUCCCUGGCAAUGCUCUGGUGGUCGACUCAAAGAAACCUUUCAGAAAACUCAAUGCAUUCGGUAAUGCCUUCCUCAACAGGUUUAUCUGCUCUCAGAUGCCUAAUCAGGUUCUUCAGAGCAUCAGCAUCAUUGACACUCCUGGUAUUCUAUCUGGAGAGAAACAGCGAAUCAGCAGAGGUUAUGACUUUGCAGAGGUUCUACGCUGGUUUGGAGAGCGGGUGGACAGGAUCAUCCUGCUAUUUGAUGCCCACAAACUGGAUAUUUCUGACGAGUUCUCUGAAGCCAUCAAAGCAUUUAAGGGACAAGAUGACAAGAUCCGAGUUGUCCUCAACAAGGCGGACCAGGUGGACACCCAGCAGUUAAUGCGGGUGUACGGUGCCCUCAUGUGGUCACUGGGGAAGGUGAUUAAUACCCCAGAGGUGGUGAGAGUCUAUCUGGGCUCCUUUUGGGCCAAACCACUGCAGAACACUGAGAACAGGCGCCUGUUCGAGGCUGAGUCUCAGGAUCUCUUUCGGGAUAUCCAGAGUCUUCCAAGGAAUGCUGCACUCCGUAAACUCAAUGACCUCAUCAAGAGAGCAAGGCUGGCAAAGGUGCACGCUUACAUCAUCAGCUACCUGAAGAAGGAGAUGCCUUCUCUUUUUGGCCGUGAAAAGAAGAAGGAAGAGCUGAUCAUGAGGCUACCAGAGAUCUACACUAUCCUGCAGAGAGAGCAUCACAUUAGCCCUGGAGACUUCCCUAAUGUCACCAAGAUGCAGGAAAUGCUGCAACACUAUGAUUUCAGUAAGUUUCCAUCUCUGAAGAUGAAACUGAUUGAAUCAGUGGAUAAGAUGCUGGCCACCAAGAUUGCAGUUUUGAUGGCAAUGAUCCGGGAAGAGGAGUCCAAACAACCUCCAGCCAUGGUGUCAGGUGGUGCUUUUGAGGGCUCUGAGGAUGGACCUUUUGGUCGGGGCUAUGGUGAGGGUAUCAGUGCCGGCGCAGAUGCUGACGAUUGGAUCGUCAGUCGUGACAAACACCGUUAUGAUGAGAUUUUCUACACACUGAUGCCCAUUAACGGUAAGAUCACUGGCGUCAAUGCAAAGAAGGAGAUGAUGAAUUCCCGGCUACCCAACACUGUGCUAGGAAAGAUCUGGAAGCUAGCUGACUGUGAUCGAGAUGGUAUGCUUGAUGAUGAAGAGUUUGCCCUCGCUCAGCAUCUCAUUCAGAUUAAGCUGGAGGGAUAUGAGCUGCCCUCCGAGCUUCCCGAUCACCUUGUCCCUCCAUCCCAUCGUAAAAAUCCCACUGCAGAUGCACUGUACAACCACACUGAGGACUAGAGAGCUCACAGGGUGCCAAACCAGCCACCAAAGAGACAGGCUGUAAUGGAACAGUGUCUAAAUGUGGAAAAACUGCAACUGAUUAAACAAUCAAAUAUAUAACUUUUGUUACAAGAGUUUGUAUUUCAAACAAUUCAGCUAAGUCAAAGACUCCUGAGAGGAAAAGUCUGGUUUCAUUUGUAAACUAGUGUGAAAGAGGGAUUUGUUAUAGAAAAAAGAAAAAUUCUCAUUAACCUCUCUAAACUUCCUGCCUUAACUUUUUUUUUGGAUUCAUGUCUUCUGUUUGUCAUUUACUAUAAUAAUCAGCUACAGUAUAAUUGAUGUGACUCAUGGAUUGUACAGAACUGGGAUUUUUUCUUUCUAUGAGGUUUCCCUAUCAAAUUAAAGACCUCUUUUUAAUAUUGUAA